AACAACUGUCUUUAUUCUGCUUAGCACAAACGCUUCACAGCUAAGAGGGGGCGCCACUCCCCAACACAAUAGUAGCGACCUCUACACCCUCCUUGUCUUUUGUUCAGUGCACUAGUUAUUACCUCCAUUGGGGCCAGUCCUCCUAGUGGUUACGUGUCAUAUUCUGAGUCAACAACAAGAACGACAACGACAGCAGAGGAGCUGUUCCGGCUGAGAGGAAAACAAACAAAAAGGAGAAACCCUCCGAAAAUGAUUCGAUUCUGCCCAACCUGCGCCAACAUGCUUUACGUGGACAAAGGCGAGGAUGGUUUCCACUUCGCCUGCCACACCUGCCCGUUCGUGUACUACAUCAAGAGUUGCGUGCGCACCCGCGUCUACCCUCGCCUCAAGGACGUCGACGAGGUGCUGGGAGGCGCCUCCGCCUGGCAGAACGUCGACUCGACCGAGGAGCAGUGCCCCAAGUGCGGACACGAGCGCGCCUACUUCAUGCAGAUCCAGACGCGUUCAGCGGACGAACCCAUGACCACGUUCUACAAGUGCUGCAGUCCGCAGUGCGGCCACCAGUGGAAGGAGUGAACUGGCCCAUCACGCAUCUACGUCAGCCACUGCAGGGGUCUGCGCAUGCGCAGGAUACCAUGGCCCCUGUAGUUCUUGCGUAUGCAAGCCGUUUGCGUCCCUUAAUCUAAAGCACUCUAUUCCCUCGCACCAUUUUUUUUUAAUUCUUGGGUAGCAUGGAAACGCGGACAGUGCAAGAGCACAUGUGCCUUAAUUGAAAGAAAUGAGAAAUAAAUUUGCGUAAGAAAAAUGAUAAAAUCAAUAAAAUCCGCCAGUGCGUCUUCAAUGUUACUUCCUUUCUGUGUGUGUGUCCUCUUCGCG